AUGGUCAACACAGCCCUGUGUGUUGUAAUAGUACGGAUAGAAGGGGAGCAGGACCACACUAGUGAAGGCACUAGUGAAGGAACUAGUGAAGGAACUAGUGAAGGCACUAGUGAAGGAACUAGUGAAGGCACUAGUGAAGGAACUAGUGAAAGCACUAGUGAAGGCACUAGUGAAGGAACUAGUGAAAGCACUAUAGAAGGCACUAGUGAAGGCACUAGUGAAGGCACUAGUGAAGGAACUAGUGAAAGCACUAGUGAAGGCACUAGUGAAGGCACUAGUGAAGGAACUAGUGAAAGCACUAGUGAAGGCACUAGUGAAGGCACUAGUGAAGGCACUAGUGAAGGCACUAGUGAAGGCACUAGUGAAGGAACUAGUGAAAGCACUAGUGAAGGCACUAGUGAAGGCACUAGUGAAAGCACUAGUGAAGGCACUAGUGAAGGAACUAGUGAAGGAACUAGUGAAGGAACUAGUGAAGGAACUAGUGAAGGAACUAGUGAAGGAACUAGUGAAGGCACUAUUGAAGGCACUAGUGAAGGAACUAGUGAAAGUACUAGUGAAAGUACUAGUGAAGGCACUAGUGAAGGCACUAGUGAAGGCACUAGUGAAGGAACUAGUGAAAGCACUAGUGAAGGCACUAGUGAAGGCACUAGUGAAGGAACUAGUGAAAGCACUAGUGAAGGCACUAGUGAAGGCACUAGUGAAGGCACUAGUGAAGGCACUAGUGAAGGCACUAGUGAAGGCACUAGUGAAAGCACUAGUGAAGGCACUAGUGAAGGAACUAGUGAAAGUACUAGUGAAAGCACUAUAGAAGGCACUAGUGAAGGCACUAGUGAAGGCACUAGUGAAGGAACUAGUGAAAGUACUAGUGAAGGCACUAGUGAAGGCACUAUAGAAGGCACUAGUGAAGGCACUAGUGAAGGCACUAGUGAAGGCACUAGUGAAGGCACUAGUGAAGGCACUAGUGAAGGCACUAUAGAAGACGAGGUCCAAGGCCAGCACACCCAGGCAACACCAGGGCACCUCACCACUGGCAACACCCGGGCCAGUGCUGCCGACUGA